AUGAAAUCAUUGUCAAUUAUUUCAAGCAUUGCUCUUUUUAUUAGUGCUGUUGUUGCUCAAGAAGGAGCUACUGUUCCUGUCACAUCAGCCACUUCUAGUAGUUAUUCUUGUGAUCCCAAUAGCUGUAAAAUCGAAAAUAACUGUCUCUGUGCAUCUCAAUCCCCUCCUGGUGGUCUAUCCCCCAGUGAUACACCUCAAUUUGUUACAGUCACAUACGACGAUUCAGUUCAAGAAGCCUUAAUGAAGACUGCCCAAGCCUUGGUAAAUGUCACUAAUCCUAAUGGCUGCCCUGGUCAUGGUACUUGGUUUGUUUCAAUGCAAUACACUGACUUUUCAUUGGUGCAACAAUGGUAUGCUGCUGGUAAUGAAGUAGCAGACCACACAUUCUCUCAUGUUGGUACACCCUCAGCCCAAGAAAUUGCUAGUUGUAAAUCCAUGUUGAAUGCUUAUGGUGGUAUUCCAUCCAGCAAGAUUCAAGGUUUCCGUGCACCUUUCCUUAACUAUACCAAAGAUACUUUGAAUAUCAUCAGCCAACAAAGCUUCUUGUAUGACUCUAGUUCCAGUGCUGUCACUGACGAUGCCUAUUGGCCUUAUACCCUUGACAAUGGUAUGGCUAAUGACUGUUGGACUGGUAUUUGUGCUGCUGGUCAAGUCAAGUUACCUGGUCUUUGGGAAAUCCCUAUGUACUCUGUCCUUGACAAUGCUAGUGUUCCUCAAUUGAUGGAUGUCUAUCUUUCUGGUUCUCCUGCUGAUGUCAAGACUUGGAGUCAAGCUGCUUUUGACAAACAUUAUAAUGGUAACCGUCAACCUUUUGGUAUCUAUGUUCAUCCUACCCAUUUGACUACUUAUCCCGGUCUUGCUGAUCCUAAGGAUAUGUUCCAAGGCGUGAUCGAGUUUAUCCAAGAAAUUGCUGCUAAGCCCAAUGUUUGGUUUGUCACUAACCAACAAUUAUUGCAAUAUAUGAAGAACCCUGUCAAGGCUUCUGAACUCGGUAAGCAAGAUUAUAUGCAAUGUAAGCAACCUGUUAUCCCCAAGGAAAUCUGUAAUGGUCUUGAUGACGACCACAAUGGCUCUAUUGAUGAUGGUUUAAUCAACAGUUGUAACUUUGGUACUACAAGCACCAAGACUUGUUUCAAUUGUCCUGCUACAGCUCCUACUUUGGAUAACCCUACACCUGCUUCAUCUGCUCAAAAUGGAACUUCUGGAUACCGUUAUGCUAUUCCUGAUACUUGCGAUACUACUUGGUGGGAUCCUAUUGGCAACACAUGUCUUUGCACAACAUCUGAUUGUCAACUCAAGAGCGUUGCUGUAAACAAGCCCAGCAGUGGCAACUCAACAUCUGGUUCUUCAAGUACAUCACCCAGUGGCAACUCUUCUGCCAACACAAGCAAUGCUUCUUCUUUGACCAUUUCUACUGGUUUGAUUGUCAUCCUAAUUGUUGGUAUCAGCCAAUUCUUUUAA